CAUAGUAGAAAAAGGGGGGUUGUAGUGUGCACUUUCUCUUCUCUGUCUCAGAGAGGUGUGUGGGUUGAGUGCGAUUUUACAGGAAGAAGAAAGAAAGAAAGAAAGAAAGAAAGAAAGAAAGAAAGAAAGAAAGAAAUUAAGUGACUUCAGAAUAAAUUGCUGAAAAGUGCUGCACAUCUCUUGAGGAUUUUUCUGAGGACAUUCAAACACUUUUAAGGAGGAGCUGUCACUGAUUCAGCACUCCUUAAGAACAUGUUGGACAUGGACACAAACUGACGUCUGAGGAGACAGUGUUGUCACUUGGAGGGACUGAAGUGAGGAGAAGUCAACAGUCGUGAAGAAGAAAAAAAAAAUCUCAGACUUGUUUCCUGCUGGGACAUAAACAGCUACAAGUAUGAGGUGACUUUUCCAGAGGAUCUGUCAAAGAAAUAUUUGAAGAUAACUGCUCUCCAGGGUGAACUGACAUUUACUUGAAUAUUGACGAAAAGCUUUUAGGCAUCAGAAUAUUCCCUGGAUGAAUCUGAAGGCUUUCAAACUUGAUUAUAGAUUGACACUAUUUUAGGCAACUUGUUGAUGUUAUUUAUUUGCCAGUGAAUGUGACAUAGAUGGUGACAUGCACUGCUGAAUAUUUUAGCUAAUUCUCAGAGGAUACAAUCAACCACUGUUGAUUAUUUUUGCCUUCAGCUGAAUCAUCGAUAAUCUUAAUCCAGAGGAACUCCAAUCAUCACCAACUAGUUUUAGUCUUUAUUCAUAGAAUAGAGAGAGGGAAAUACAAGAAGUGAGAUGGCACAGAAAGAAGGAGGAACAGAGCACGGGCGAGUCAGGACGGGGGACAAUCUUGGGGCCAAAGCCAUGACCGGGGCCCCCACAGCCGGCGGAGGAGUGGUAGUGGAGGUCAGGGAGAAGAAGGGACCUCUGCGGGCCGCGAUACCCACAAUGCCUUUCCCCCUGGCUGUCAUCUGUCUGUUUCUGAACACCUUCAUACCUGGACUCGGUACCUUCAUCUCAGCGUUCACAGUGCUGUGUGGAGCUCGCAGUGAGCUGAUCUCAGAGCGAGGUGUGUGCUGUGUGUUCUGGCUCAACGUGGCAGCAGCCCUGAUCCAGAUACUGACAGCUGUUAUCAUGGUUGGCUGGAUCAUGAGCAUCUUCUGGGGAAUGGACAUGGUCAUCCUGGCAAGCUGUAGAGACCAGGGUGUUCCCCAAGAUGUCUGAGAGACGCCGCCCUCAAGUUACCUGAUGGAUCACUCGGACAGUUUGACCACUUCAACUUCCCUGAAGCCUUAGGGUGACCUUUACCUUUGUGAUGACCUGUAGCUGACAACAGAGGGAGGCAGAGACAUGAUGAAAAUGAUUUAGUCAAAGUGAAUCAAGUGACUGCUCUUAGUGAAAAUAUUUGCUUGUUAGCUGCUGAUUGCUCAACUCCAGGCCAAAUUUAGAUUUAUAGUAAAAAGAAACAACACACAGAAAUACACAAGAAAUACAAUGGGUAAGACAAAACAGUGUGUUUGUAUCUUGUUGAGUAAUUCUAACAGUGAUUUCUGAAUUCUGUCUUUUGAUAUCCUUUAUCUAUCUAUUUGACUAAAACUACAAAUCUGUAAAAACUGUAGGUCAACAACAUAUUUCCUACAGGACAUGAUGGAAUAACAGGUGUAUUUAGUUCAAUGAUGCAUUACAUGUCACUGAGCUCAAAACAAUGUUUCCACUGCCACUGAAUCGACUGCCUGGUGCAGCUGCCACUCUGCUUAAAGCAGUUUAUUUCAGUGUUAGAUGUCAUUAGAUUUAUUGAAGAAUUUUAUAGUCAUAGUUCACUGUUUGAAAGACUGACUUUAGCAUUAGCCUCUGGUGUGUUUCAGUGGUUUUUCCAUUGCGAUAUUGACACCAUUUGCUGCUCUGAAAAGGUGCAAUAUAUUACAACUUUGAGGGGUUAAAGGUUCUUAUUCUUAAACAAGUAUAGUCUUCUCUAAAUGAACAGUGUUUACUUAGUAAAACAGCCAGUUCUGUACUAUAAGGCUCAUAUUUAAGUCGUGUUCACUAAAUCCGACAAUCACUGCGCACAGAAUCAGCAAUUAUUCAAUGACUGUGGAACAAACAUGUCUUCCUGUGGAGCAUGUAAUCAAACCAUAAAUGGUUCUGAUACUUACUAUUCAGCAUAGAUAGUUUGAAUGAUAACAUGAUUAUGAUGAAGGUAUUUGCAACCCUUCCAUUAGUCUUAGUGCAGGCACAAUAACACAUCUUUAACAUGUCGUCUCUCACUGUUGGUCACAGGAGGAAUUAUAUUCUGAAAUUUCAGGGCUGCACUAAAAAUGAGUCAUCCCAAUCGAUAAUUAUUUGAUUUGAACUGUCAUACCUCUGAAAUGUGUAAAAUGAUAUUACACAUUACUAUAGCAUUGUAUCUAAUUAACAGGUUUCAAAAUAGCUCUCAUUAUUGGCCUCUCUGGGGAACUGUAGUUAUGACCGUGCCUGUCACAUUAUGACAAAGAUUCAGUUACAGGAUGUCAUUAAGGCAAUGCUUUGUUUAAAUUAUUAUAUCUGGCUUAUUUACAUUGACUGAAGAUUAAUGAGAAGUCAAAAACUCCCAUAAAAAACCCCAGUAGAAAUAUGAAAGGUUGUUGAAUUCACAGUUGUGUUAAGUACAAAGCCAAAAUGUGUACAUUAUCUAUAUAUCAGUGUGUGGGUGUUUGUGUGUAUGACUAAUUGUGUGCAAUAUAGAGAUUGGGGAAUACUGUAUAUGCUGUGGGCACAGUAUCACUAUGUGGGAGGCUCUGGAAGUCAUAAAUAAAGAUCGACGAUUCUAUCAUGUUCUAAACUCAGAAAGCUGUAAUAUUUAACACAACCGCUUUAGAAGUGUUGAUCUAAACAAGGCUUUCCCCAUGAUACCACAUUAACUUUCUCAGUAUCAUUGGCUCAUUUCCCUGAAAAAUAUCCAGGCGUGUCAAAAGUCAAACAGCCUUAAACGAAAAGAAUUAAGCCAGCUAGCAUGAGCCAUAACACUAAUGGAAAGCAGUGAAUCAAAAUUACUGCAGGAAAUGAGUGCUUAGUUCAGUUACUGCUGGAAAAACUGAAUGGGCUCCAGCUGGGCUAUUUAAGCGUGACUUCAUGUACACCUUAAAACCAAGGGCACAGCAGAUUAUAACCUUUAACCUCUUUUGUAAAAUUGGACAGAUUCUGGAAAUGAAAUGCAGCAUUUCAGGAUAAAAGUCAAGUUAAAUGCAUUCAUGGUGAAAUCCCAGUAUUGUUUGUGCCUCUACAGAAAUCUCCAGAAACUCCAUUUGCAUAACUCGCGCUGUGAUUUUUCCCUUCUCCUCAUUUGAUUUUCUACUCUACUCUUUCAUUUUUUUUCCCUUUAUUAUCGCUGUAAGGUUUAAUUCAUUCUCUUAGCCAAAUGCCUUUUUAAGAGUACUACUGUAUUUUGGACGACAACACUAAUGUGUUUAUGUUUUGACUGUAUAUAUGUUGUACAGUUUUUGUGUGUGAGAGAGAUGAUGAUGAUAAUGUCUGUAAUUCUGAUGAUAUCUUCUGCCUUACAAAUGACCAGUGUUCUCCCAAAAGUGUUUUUGUAGCAGUGGUGCUGGAGUUUCUGUACUUAAUUUGGGUUUGAGUGCAGUUUAUAGAUCUGAAAUAACUGUUAUUCAAACACUUUAUUAUAAUCCACCUUUCAGCCCUAAACAGUGAUUCUGUUUCAGGGGGAAUAUUGACUAAUUGUAAUGUUUUUAUUUUAGAUUUUUGUUUUUUUUUUCAAUGAUGAUGGUGUUGUGUUGAUGUUUCGAUUGUAGAUUGAACAUACUGCCAUGUACAGAUUUCUGCAUGCAUAUCCUUGGUGUUAAAUGACUGUAUAGAGUAACAGACAUGCACACACAGACUAACUUAACUAUUUUAAGAUUGUAGCUUAUUCUGUGACUUUGCAAUAUUGUUUUUAUUUUAAGCCCUUUGAGGCGACUGAUACAAAAUCUUGCAAUUAAAAAAAACGUAAGUUUUUGAAAAAAUGUUAAUCAGUAUUAGUCAUCAUUAAUAGGUACAGUCGAUUAUACAAAAAGCAACUUUGCACACUGACACCUGAGGCCUAUCCAACCUCUAAACAAAAUCAGCAGAUUCACUGCCCCACUCAAAGACUCCUCAGAAGUCAGUGUUGCAGGAAAGGAGAGUGUUUCCUGUUUUCUGUGCUCCAGAUGGUCGAGGGACUCAUCCUCUGACAGCCAGACAUGAGCAGGUUGUUUACCCAGAGGAUCUGAGGAAUUCUGCAGUCAUUUUUUUCUCAUGUCACAAUACAGUGCAAUCAUAGAGUAACACUUACCCUUGUAGGUACAUUAUCAGUAUGUGUAUAUUUUUAUGUAAAUAAAUUAUGUGUCAAUUCA